AUGGCUCAACAUCAAUCGCCACCCAAAAUAAAAUUAAAGGAAAAUAUAUUGUAUUCAUCAAAUCCAAUAUUAAAUGAAGAUGAUAUAGCAGAUUUUGUUUCCUCUAUGAAUACGCAAAGGACAGACAAAAAUGAUCAAUAUAAUAACAGAGAAAGAUAUAAUGAAAUUAAAAAAAUCGAACUUGCUAGUUUAAAUAUUAAUGAUUGGGGGUUGUCUAUCCUUAUUCCUUGUAUAUUAAGGAGUAAAAAUAUUGUUUCUUUAAAUUUAUCAAAUAAUAAUUUAACAAAUGAUGGAGCAAAUAAACUUUCUCAAUGUUUCCAGUACCUUCCAUUUCUCACUGAAUUAAAUCUAUCUAAUAAUUCUAUAGGACCAGAAGGUGGAAUCAAUAUAAUUGAAAAACUGUUUUCAUCCAUCUCAAAUUGUGAAAUUGACAAUUUUUCAAAUAAUAAAUUAAUAAAAAAUGAAAUAAUUAUUUUAGCUAGCCAUUCUACAAAUAAUCUUAAAAAAAAUUAUAUAUCAAAUAACAAUAAAAUAUAUGAUCUUGAUUUGUCGUAUAAUUUUUUAGGAUCUAAUUUUCUUUUACGCUUGAGUCAAAUACUUGAACAUAACACUGUAACUAAUGCUGUUACUCAAUUUUCAAUUAAAUAUAAACUAAAACUUAAAAAUAUAGGAAUAGACAGUUUAAACACGUUUUCUCUUUUUAAAAGUUGUACAGAUGUUGAAAUGCUAGAUAUAUCUGAAAAUAUACUAAAUUCAUCAUUAUUGUGUAAAAAUAUUGAAAUAUUAUUUAAAACUCAGACAAAUCUAACAGAAUUACAUAUAUCAGAUAUAUGUAAUAAUAGUUGUAAAACUUCACAAUAUAAUAAUUAUGGCAAUGGACUAUUUUUAACAUUAAUAAAAUAUUUACAUAAUGCCCCAAAUCUAAAAAUACUAUCUUACACUAAUAAUAACAUAAAUGAUGAAGCAUUUGAACAAUUCUGUUUUUUUCUUAAAAAUAAUAAAAAUAAUAAAAUUAAAGAAAUCAAUUUAUCAAAUAAUUUUAUAUCAAAUUUAGAUAUAUUAAAUGAAGCAUUACAAAAUAAUGAAACAUUAAAUAUUAUUAAUUUAUCUAAAAAUAUUUUAACAGAUGAAAAUAUUAAACUCUUUAUUUAUAAUACAUUAUCAACAAAUUUAAAUAUAUAUGAUAUAUCCUUUUCUUUUAAUAAAUUAACAAAUAUAUCUUGUCAUUAUAUUUCAGAUGCUUUGUUAGCACAAUCUAGACUCAUAAAAAAAAACAUCAAAUUAAGUUACACAAAUAAUAAAAAAUUAUUUAGCCCUAUUUUAAAAUUGCCAUUGUCAACAAAAUUUCACCAAAUAGAUGAAUAUACAAAUAAACAAAAUCGAGAAAAAAAUAAAAAUAUAUAUAAAUUACAUUCUACCGAAUUAUAUUCUGAUAUAACCAUCUACGAUUCAGAAAGAAAUGACACUUAUAUAGAAAACGAAUUUAAAAAUAAUACCAAAAUAUUUAAUGAAAAAGAAAGUAAUAAAAAUCACCAAAAUCAAUUAUCUAGACUCAAAAUAGAUAAAAUUGAUAUCCCCAAAAAUGAAUGCAAUAAAGAUACUUCAGUACUCAACAAUGAAAAUGAUGUAAAAAUACUAAUAUCAAAUAGACAUAAAGAUGAAAACAUAUUUUUUUCGUGUAUUGGAAAUACAAGCUUUAACAGAGCCACUGAAACAACUAAAAAUUAUUUUAUUCAAAAAAAUAGAAGAAUUUUAAUAUAUGAUAAAAAUAACACCUUUUGUAAUUUUAAUCAUAAUUUUUCUAUAAAUUGUUUUAAAGGAUUAAAGUUCUUGGAUUUAUCAGGUUCUUCUAUAAACAAUGAAGGAAUAUCUUUUCUUAUGAAACCAUUAAACAGAUCUUACUGCCCUCUAGAAUUUUUAGAUAUCUCGUCUUUUCAAAGAUUAAAUGAUAAUAUAUAUCAAACACUUACAACUUUAAUAUCAAAUAAAAAAUAUCAAUUUAUAAAUAACACAUCUUGUCUUUUUAAACAUUUACCUUUAAUUGUUCGAGGAAUACCACCAGCUACUAUUCAAUUAAAUGACACUGAUGAUAACAUAGAUGAAGAAAACAUAGAGUCAACAUGGUGGAAUUAUAAAGAAGGGGAAUGA